CCCUCCUUCGCGCUCUCUCUCUCUCUCUUUCUCUCUCGUUCUUCUCUCUCUGGCUCCCUCGUGCACUGUUCGUACCAGUCCAGGAUAAAUAAAGGCAGCUAGGAGGAUGUGGAGGGGGGAGAGAGAUGUAGGCGCUUGCGGACGGAGCACAAUGUUGAGGCGACUCUCGCUUGCCGAGUCUCGGCUCUGAGGAUUACAGACACUUUUGCAUAUUCUCCCCUCCUGGUUUUACCACCAUUCCAUCACCCACUGGAGGAUGCCCAGGUCUGGUUCUCCGUCUGACAUGACUACUGCACUUUACUUCGUGUUUGGUACCCGAGCCUGACUCUUCCCAGAGCUCAUACGCUGCUGAGGUUAAUGGAGCCCGAUUCCGGACUUUGGUAGACGUUUCCACUUCUUCGUCCCCCUUGUUCACUGGCUUGGCAUUCGUGGUUUUUUUUUCACCUUUUUUUUGCCAGGCAAAGACAUAAGGAGGCACUGGCAGUUCUCCAACUCCAUGUAUUACUGACUCGUUCGAGGCUGCGAUAGUCGGCAUCUGACAAAGAGAUGACCCAAGAACAGUUCACUCAUAGGAACAAUGUCCAGAGCAGCGAGAAACCUCAUGUGUACAAAGUGGGCAUCUACGGCUGGCGGAAACGUUGCCUUUACUUCUUCGUCCUCCUCCUCAUGAUUCUCAUUCUGGUCAACCUUGCGCUCACCAUCUGGAUCCUCAAGGUCAUGAAUUUCACCAUAGAUGGCAUGGGUCACCUGAGAAUCACCGAGAGAGGUCUGAAACUAGAAGGUGACUCCGAGUUCCUCCAGCCUCUGUAUGCCAAAGAAAUCCAGUCCAGAUCGGGCAGUCCACUUUUCUUGCAAUCAUCAAAAAACAUCUCGGUCAACAUCCUCAAUGGGAAAAACCAACUGGUGUCACAGCUGGUAGCAGGUUCUCACGGAGUUCACGCACGGGGCAAGAUGCUCGAGGUGAAGUCAAGCACAGGAAAGCUGCUUUUCUCGGCUGAUGACCACGAGGUGGUGGUGGGAGCCGAGAGAUUACGGGUCUUGGGAGCAGAAGGUGCAGUCUUCAGUAACUCGGUGGAGACGCCACACGUCAGAGCAGAGCCCUUCAAAGAGCUGCGCUUGGAAUCUCCUACACGUUCCCUGUACAUGGAUGCUCCUAAAGGCGUGCAGAUUCAAGCCGAAGCUGGAGACAUCCAGGCCACCUGCAGGAGUGACCUGCGCCUGGAGUCCAAAGAUGGAGAGAUCACUCUGGAUGCUAAGAAGAUCAGGCUCCUGCGUCUGCCCGAGGGAAAAGCGUCUCCCUCAGCCACCAGACAGACUGUGUUCGAGGUGUGCGUCUGUCCUAAUGGGAAGCUCUUCAUCUCAGAAGCAGGAACAGCGUCCACCUGCCAGAUCAGCAACAACGUCUGCCUCUAGACACUCUUUUAAACACAUACAUACACAAAUCUACACACACACACACACACACACACACACACACUUUGUUCGUUUUACUCCCCGGAACAUCAACACCUGUUCCUCUGAACACCACAACGACGGCGAUCGAGUUUCUACUCCGGUGGCGGAAAAAAAAAACAUGGCAGGAAAAUCGGAUGCGACACGUGAACGCAUUCACUUUACACCAAGUACAGUAUCGGCCACAACGUAACAACGGUGAAGUGGAAAAAAAGAAAAACGUUUUGUGGUGUGGUUUUUAGCUACUUGUCUUUCCCCAACUGCAAUACUGUCAAGUCGGCGAAAAAAAAAAAAAAAAAAAACGUUUAGGAGAUUUUGCAACCUGAAAAAAGGGACACCCUGGAAAGGAGGCGGCGGUCAAUCCCUCAAUCCCACGAUCCCUCACUCCAAACAAAAAAAAGAAAACUGUGCUUGCACCAGGACUGACCUGAUGCAGCUCUCUGUUCAAAGCGGAGAACAGAACAGUGCCUGUGCCUUAACUCAAUGCACUCGUGGAAAGUAGAAGCACAUCUCACUGACCUUUUGCCUACAUUUCUUUUCCUCCCCAAAAAAAACCUGGAUUUUCACUUUUGGAUUUUAAUUCUUUUUUUUUUUUUAAUUCCCCAUAAAAAUAUUUUUGUUGUAUUUUUUUUUCAAGUACAAAAAAGAACGCAAAGGAUCCAAAUGUCACUGAAUCCAACCACUAAUCAUCAAUUCUCCUGUACAUGAUCAGAUUUCUCUUUCUAAUGCCAAUUUUUUUAAUUGACUUUUUAUCUUUAAUUUCUAGUUUUGUAAAUUCUCCUAAUUGGAUUUUUUUUUAUGAAUUAGUAAUUAAAAUGAUUAAAAUUACAUAAUUUGUUUAGUAAUGUAUUACAUUUGGUCCUUAAAUUCUUCCAAUUGCAAUUUUUGUAAUGAUUAAUAAUAAUAAUAAUUGCUAAUUUAAAUAUUUAUAAAUUAAUUAGACAGAAUUUGGCCUUUGCGUUCUUCAUUAAGUGCGUGUGUGUGUGUGUGUGUGUGUGUGUGUGUGUGCGUGUGUUGUGAUUACAAAAAAAAAAAGAAAACAGUUUAACAACUAGGUUUUAUGGAUUUGAUUUAAUUCUUUUAUGGCGAACUUAUCGAGAAACAAACCAGGGAGGUGAACCAAAAACUAAACUAAAUGAAAAAAAAAAAAAAACAUUUA